CCCGGUUCCGGUUCUCGAUAAUUCUUGUUUGACGAGUUUCGCGAAUGUUGUGUGAAAAUCACCGCUCAAAAAAGUAUAUAUAGAAACAAUGAUACUGCUUACAAAUACGAUAAAAUAUAAAUUACUGCCAGUAUUUCGGCAGCGAGUGACAGUCAGUUCUUCGUUUCGUAAAUAUUACCGUUUAGGCGAUCGUCAAGAUUUGGUGUCAACGAACAGGUUUUUGGUUUCAUCAGCCUCGAGGACUUCACAUUUCGGAAGAUUCAGUGAAACUGUACGAGAAUAUCGACAAAGUACAGCUAUUAUUUCGAUGAGGACAUUCUCCACCAAAAAAUCCUCCGACAAAGGUUCAUCAAGUUCAAAUGGAGACGGAGAACAGACAGACGAAUAUCCAACAUCUUUACCAGCAACCGUGGUUGUUCCAGAAGUUUGGCCUCACGUUCCAGUUGUAGCAAUAAAUAGGAAUCCGGUUUUUCCUCGAUUUAUAAAACUUAUAGAGCUAACGAAUCCCAUUCUCAUUGAUUUGAUUCGGCGGAAAGUGAAAUUAAAUCAGCCCUACAUUGGAAUAUUCUUAAAGAAAAACGAAGAAAAUGAAUCGGAAGUUGUUCAGAAUGUAAAUGAUGUUUACCCAAUUGGAACCUUCGCACAAAUCCACGAAGCACAAGAUUUAGGCGAUCGUUUAAAACUGGUUGUAAUGGCCCACAGACGAAUUAAAAUUAUAGGCCAGAUUCUAGAGGAUCUUCCUGUGAAACUCGCCGAGAUGAAAUUGACGUUUCCUCUAUUAAACACGACAAUUAACGUCCCUGUAGACGAUACGCUAUCUGGUGGUAAAAAAGCACGUAGGGCUUUUCUACGUAAAAAGGCAGAACAAAAACCCGAAGCAUCUAUGGAAAACGUUGAAAAGACUGAAGGCACUGAGCCGGCUGAAACAAGUACUUUAGAAAUGCCUAACGUAGAAGAAAAAACUGCUGAGGACGUACAGAAAACUAGUUCUCAGUCUUCAGAAUCGUCUACGCAACCGUUAUUGAUGGCCGAGGUUGUGAAUGUUACACACGAAAAGUUUCGGCAAACCGAAGAAAUAAAGGCUUUAACCCAAGAAUUAAUCAAGACGAUUAGAGAUAUAAUUGGCAUGAAUCCAUUGUAUCGUGAAUCCUUGCAGCAAAUGUUGCAUCAGGGUCAAAGAGUUGUCGACAAUCCGGUUUAUCUUAGCGAUUUAGGAGCGGCAUUAACAGGAGCUGAUGCACAGGAACUUCAGCAGGUUCUAGAAGAAAUGGACAUUUCGAAAAGAUUACGAUUGUCCUUGGCGCUUUUAAAGAAGGAGUACGAGUUGAGUAAACUUCAACAAAAAAUUGGAAGGGAAGUGGAGGAAAAAGUGAAGCAGCAACACAGAAAGUAUAUUCUCCAUGAGCAAUUGAAAGUGAUAAAAAAGGAAUUGGGACUCGAGAAGGAUGAUAAGGAUGCCAUUGAGGAAAAGUAUAGAGAGAAAAUUAGACAGAAGGUUGUUCCAAAACCAGUUAUGGAUGUUUUGGAAGAAGAAUUAAAUAAACUAGGUUUCUUAGAAAGUCACAGCAGUGAAUUUAAUGUUACGAGAAAUUAUCUGGACUGGCUGACUUCCAUGCCAUGGGGCAUGACGAGUCCAGAAAAUCUAAAUCUUCAGCAGGCUGAUGAAAUUUUGGAGAAGGAUCAUUACGGAAUGGAAGAUAUCAAAAAGCGAAUUCUUGAAUUCAUUGCUGUUAGUCAACUGAAGGGAACGACACAAGGAAAAAUUUUAUGCUUUCAUGGACCACCUGGAGUCGGAAAGACGUCGAUUGCGAGAUCGAUUGCAAGGGCAUUGAACAGAGAAUAUUUCCGAUUCAGUGUCGGGGGCAUGACGGACGUUGCUGAAAUCAAAGGACACAGGCGAACUUACGUAGGUGCCAUGCCUGGUAAAGUGAUACAAUGUCUUAAAAAAACAAAGACAGAAAAUCCUUUAAUCCUUAUCGACGAGGUAGACAAGAUAGGAAAAGGUCACCAAGGAGAUCCAGCAUCGGCCCUCUUGGAAAUGUUGGACCCAGAACAAAAUGCAAACUUCUUAGACCAUUACCUCGACGUGGCCGUUGAUUUAUCAAAAGUCCUAUUUAUUUGUACAGCGAAUGUAGUUGACACAAUUCCAGAACCUCUCAGAGACCGAAUGGAAAUGAUUGACAUGUCGGGUUACGUUGCCGAAGAAAAACUUGCUAUAGCAAAACAAUACUUAGUUCCCCAAGCUAUGAAAGAAUCGGGUCUCACUACCGAGCAGAUAAUAAUUCAUGACGAGGCUCUACAUUCGUUGAUAAAGUCCUACUGCCGUGAAUCUGGGGUCAGAAAUCUGCAGAAACAUAUAGAGAAAGUUCACAGGAAAGUUGCGUUCAAAGUUGUGAAGAAGGAGGCAGACAAGAUAGAUGUUGUGGCUGAUAAUUUGCAAGAUUUUGUAGGGAAGCCAACGUUUACCCACGAUCGAAUGUACGAAAUUACGCCUCCCGGUGUUGUAAUGGGACUUGCGUGGACGGCAAUGGGAGGCUCGACUCUCUUUAUAGAAACGACCUUGAGGAAACCGGUAGAAAUUUCCAAGAAGAGCGAAGGUACUCUGGAAUUCACUGGACAUCUUGGAGAUGUCAUGAAGGAGUCGAUUAAAAUUGCUAGGACAGUGGCAAGAAACUUUUUGAGAAAAAUUGACCCCUCGAAUGAGUUCUUAUAUGACGCGCAUCUUCAUUUACAUGUACCAGAGGGCGCCACUCCUAAAGAUGGACCUAGUGCUGGAACCACUAUUGCAACUGCUUUUAUGUCUCUGGCCAAAAAUCAGGCGAUCAGGCAGGAUGUUGCGAUGACAGGAGAACUUAGUUUGAUGGGAAAAGUCCUCCCGGUUGGAGGUAUCAAGGAAAAGACGAUUGCUGCCAAGAGAGCUGGAAUCACGUGUAUAAUUUUACCUGAGGAGAAUAAAAAGGACUUCAAUGACCUUCCAAAAUACAUUACAGAUGGAUUGGAAGUCCACUUUGUCUCCAAAAUCGAUGAUAUUUACAGGAUAUGUUUUUUGGAGGAUGGUAAUGUAAAGCCUCUCGGUACAAACACAUUUCAUGUAGCUUCCCAAAUUCCAUCAACUCAACAAGCAUCUUUUCUUCCAAGAGAAGAUAGUACCUGAGAGUAAAAAAGAUCCUUAACCAACGUGUAAUGCUGCUUCGAGUAUCAGUUUUCCUUCACUUAAUUAAAACCUUUUUGUAUCGUUUAAUUAGUCCUAAGGAAAAACUUUAAUUAUUUAAAAAUUUUUGUAUGUACUUAUUUCGACGCGUGCAAGAAUCUUUUUAUACUUAACGGUAUUAAAGUCGAUUGAUAAUAAAGUUUAUUGUAAGCGCAAAGUCCAUUAGAUCGCAGAAAUUCCUAUCUAUUCGUUUGAAAUCUCUAGAGCAAGUCAACAAGUUUGAAGAGGACGACCUCUUCGUAUUUUUGACUUUAUUCGUUCAAAGAUUCCAGAUGAAUAUCGAGAUAUUCUGGACGAAUAGACAAGGUCUAAUUAAAAGUAAGAAAUUUAGGCGACAUUUUUGUAUGGAAAAGGACAUUUUAAUCCAUGCAUUUUCAACACGCAUUUGAGAUUUUUUUUAUUUGAAAAGAAUUAAGAAUGAUUGAAAUUGUGUAUAGAAAGUUAGCUUACAUAGCGAUGGAAGCGUUGAGGAACUUUACGUACGUCAGAGUUGAAUCUUUGAUAAGAUUGCUACAAUGUAAAUAUGUAUAGAGUUUGAUGUUGACUGGAGUUAUUGCUACAGAGUCAAAUAAAAAAAUAUGUAGAUUUUUU